AACAUGGCACCCCCUGGACAGCAGCCGAUGCAUCCUUCGCAAGGCGGAUGGCCUGGUCAGCAGAUGACGCCUCAGAGCGCGGGAGGAUAUGGAGGCGGGCCUGGUGGCUUUAUGCCACCGCCGCAGCAUGGUGGAGCUCCUCAGCCGGCGCCAUAUGGGAGAGGCUUCUCGGGAUACUAGAGGAGCAGAAGAACGCGCUCAUCGGGAUGUUCAACAGGCCUUUGGCCUAUGACAUCUCACGUUCGAUUACUGGAUACCAAAGCUCGAUUACGAAUUGAAUACUGGAUCACUCUGCAUCAAGAACAUGGAUAAAGGUCGACAGAUCUUCAGCUUCGGCAUCCUUUCAGCGAUGGAGAAGUCAGCAUGGUCAUCGAAAAAUCACGGGGGCAAAUGUGACGGGAGGCAAGGAUAUGGAUGCAUGCUGAUGAGGCAGAAGCAUGAACCGUGCCUCAAGAUCAAGGAGGCAUCGCCGACAUCAAUGUGAAUAGAGUAUGCUGGAUUGGAGGAGACCGCGGACAUGAAAGGGCUGGAUAGCGCUAUAAUUCCACUCGACUUCAACAAUACUUCACCUC